CUGAUGGUAGCAAAAGUUAUAGAAAGCACAUUUAGGGGCUAUGAUAUAUCUGAUCAAUAGCUUAAAUAGAUUUAUUUAUUGCUUGGUGUUGCAAUCUACAAGUACCUGACCGCUGCAUUAAAAAUUAAUAGAUAAACAAAUAAAAUCAAAACGUUACAGAUACGGCAAUCACACUACAUACAGAUAAGCUCUAUUAUAGUCUAUAUAUAAUGGAACGUCGGAAGGGAUAUUUUUAAGUAAAGGAUUUGAACUAAUUUUUCAUAUUAGCAUUACAAAUCAUAAAAGAAUGACGAAUAUAAACUUCCACACUAACUCAGACCACACAAUGUUGCAAGAAUGUGGAGACUGCAAAGCACAAGAAACACAACCAUUGACUACGAAGUCAUGUAUGACUACAAGGAGUUAGAAGGUGCCGGAGGCGUCGAGGCCGUUUCCAGCCUUCUGGAGAAACACGUGGAGGAUGGAGUCUUCACUGUAAACAACACAAAACCAAACUCACUGACAUAUUCAACUGAAUCAGAAAUCAGAGCAGCCGCCAUCGAGGCGCUUAUUCAACAACAAGAUGAGAUUGUAGGAGGACUGUGUGCUAUCACGAACUGUUCAGAUGGAUACGAAUGCCGAAAGGACAAAACCACCAACGAAACGUCCUGUAUUACCAAGUGUAACCUCGGCCACUGUUACAACGACGGGGCGUGCAUUCACGUGGAGAACCAAAAUGUUAGCUGCAGCUGUAAUAACGACCCUACCGGGUUCUACAUGGGGAGAAGGUGUGAGUUCUACGCUUCACAGGCCUGGGUUAUCGGGGUGUCUGUUGGAGUAGGAGGUGCCCUGAUCAUCAUUAUCAUCGUCGUCUCCGUCUGUAGAUGCCGCCGUUCUGGUAAAAAGGAUGCACUCUUGGACAAUGCCAGAAAAGAUGAGGAAGCCACCUGGCUGUCUCCUGUGGACAAAAGUGAUGACAGUUAUGAAGAGGAACUGCUAUUAUACACCAUUGCGAACAGAAAGCGCACGUCUAAAAGUGGAAGGGCCAACCCGGACGAGGCGUCUAUAAUCUACGAGGAGGAACAGAUGUUGGGAACGUACGCUCUGUCCGGUCAACACGCCGGGAACAACCACAGAACAGCCUGGAAACCGAGCCUGCAGAAUAUUCCGGUGGAUAAGGAACUGAAGAUCCCUCGCCCAGGGCUGCACGAAAGUAGCAACAACUACUGGCAGCCUAUUAAUGGAAGAAUAUCAGUGUCAUCUAUGUGACGUCAUUCUUAAUAACUUUCGCCUGUUUUGAGCAAGAAGCAAGAGACU